AAUCUGGCAUAACUUUUAUCUUUCAAUGGAUAUAGAUACUGCUAAUGCUGAAUCCAUUAAUCAGAGAGCUGGUCUCUUAAAGGAUCAGGUUCGACUAAUUAAGAGAAAGGAUUGUGAUAGAUAUGAGAUUUCCUCAAUACCAGAUAAUUUGUCAUUUGAGAAAGGAUUCUUCAUUGUAAUCCGUGCAUGCCAAGUGUUGGUUCAGAAGAAUGAAGGACUGAUAAUGAUAGGAGUCGCUGGUCCCUCUGGUGCUGGAAAGACCGUAUUUACGGAUAAAAUAAUGAACUUUAUGCCAAGCAUUGCAGUUAUAUCAAUGGAUAACUACAAUGAUGCUAGUCGAAUUGUUGAUGGCAAUUUUGAUGAUCCACGCCUAACAGACUAUGAUACGCUGCUGAAAAACAUCAAUGAUCUCAAGACUGGGAAAGCAGCAGAGAUUCCGAUAUAUGAUUUCAAAUCUAGUUCCCGAAUAGGAUACAGGACUGUCGAAGUCCCUAGCUCCCGCAUUGUGGUUAUUGAGGGCAUCUAUGCUCUGAAUGAAAAGUUGCGGCCUUUCCUGGAUCUUCGCAUAUCUGUAAAUGGUGGAGUUCACUUUGACCUUGUUAAAAGAGUUUUACGCGACAUACAACGUGCAGGGCAGGAACCAUCAGAAAUAAUCCACCAAGUAUCUGAAACGGUUUAUCCAAUGUACAAGGCUUACAUUGAGCCUGAUCUCAAAACUGCACACAUAAAAAUUAUCAACAAAUUUAAUCCUUUUUCUGGAUUUCAGAGUCCUACGUACAUUCUAAAGUCAUCAAGGAAUCUGAAGGUAGAACAAAUCAAGUCUGUCUUGGCUGAAGAACACACUGAAAGUACGGAACUGAUCUAUGACAUAUACCUUCUGCCACCUGGUGAAGAUCCAGAGACAUGCCAAUCAUAUCUGAGGAUGCGAAAUAAAGAUGGGAAAUACAAUCUCAUGUUUGAGGAAUGGGUCACUGAUUCUCCAUUUGUCAUAUCACCAAGAAUCAGUUUUGAAGUUAGCGUGCGUCUUCUUGGUGGAUUGAUGGCUUUGGGAUACACAAUGGCAGCCAUCCUCAAAAGAAGCAGCCAUGUAUUUUCUGAUGAAAGGGUUUGUGUGAAAAUUGAUUGGCUUGAGCAACUAAAGCGCCACUAUGUGCAGGUCCAAGGAAGAGAUCGUGUUGUUGUAAAAUGUAUCGCUGAGCAGCUGGGUUUGGAAGGUUCAUACACUCCUCGUACAUAUAUUGAACAAAUACAGCUAGAGAAGCUUGUGAAUGAGGUUAUGGCGCUACCAGAUGACUUGAAAACAAAGCUUAGUCUAGAUGAAGAUAUUGUCUCAAGUCCUAAAGAAGCUCUCUCUCGAGCCUCGACAGAGAGGGCAUGGAGAAAUAAGAAUAUCAGAAGCGGAUUGUCACAUUCAUAUUCAACUAACAGGGACAAAAAUCUCAAUGUUAGUUCUGAUUAUCAGAGGAAUGACAGGAUUGAGGAAUCAGGGACAAGAUUAGCAAACCAGGGAGCGGUCACACAUCUAUUGGAGCAAAUUUCUACGUUGAAUGACCGGAUGGACGACUUCACGUCUAUAAUGGAAGAACUUAAUUCUAAGUUGUGCAGCAGAAGAGCUUCUCCGAGAAACAAACAAGCUUCACCAUGCAUACAAAAUCUGACGUUAGAAACUGAAGCAUGCGUUGGAUCUGCUCCUACUAACUAUUUCAUCUCUGGUUUGGAGAACGGCUCGUUGACUGGGUCCAUCAUGCCUAAUUCCUCAUCUUUUACUUCCACUAUUGGAAAGGAGUCUGCCUUGAUGGAAGAGAUAUCCAAUAUUGCACGUGGACAGCGUCAACUUAUGCAUCAGCUGGACAACGUUAGCAAUGUUCUUCGCGAGAGAUUAGGAGAACAGUCUCGACAAGCAAGAAUGAACAAGAAAAGGGAUACAAUCAAAACCAUCAGAAAACCUCUCAUUUUAACAUUAGCAGUUGGUGGCCUGGGAAUUCUCUUGUUUAAGAGCCUCCAACACCGUAACUGAUUCUUCAUUCUAAUAUUUUUACUGUAGGAUUUUUCUUUUUCUCCUACACAGCUUACAUUUUUUCAUAGCGUUGUACCCUUCAAUCGGGAUAAAAUACUGCUCAUGGAUCAAACUGAUCUGUGAUUUUGAGGCUAAGAAGGCAGAAUGUGAUGCUUUCUGAUUGAUGAGUUUUGUUAAAGAAGGGAAUGAAUUAGAAAAUUUUGGG